AUGCCGCCUCCCCACCCGGCACUCAUUCGGGAGAAGGCCAUCAUUCUAAGGCAGAUACAGACUGGGUCGCUCCACGCCGCGGCAGUGCUAAACGUGCUUCACCCAGAACUCUAUCCGAGUGGUGUGUGCGGUGUUUGUACAGUGGGUGCGGCGGACCAAUGGCACAUCAUGUGGGACUGUGUCAGGUUCCCGACCGAAGCUGCCUCCAGGACACACCCGGCCGAACUUCAAAGUGCAGUGCAGCCUACAGACAAGGACAUUCAACUAUGGGCCGUCCAGAAGGCCUGGGAUGCGCUCGAAAAGCAGAAGCCUCACCACCCACCACGAACGGGCCGAACUGGGUUUGGAUUAUGGGCUACAAUGCCAUCACAUUACUCAAGCAUUCAAUGGAAACAAGACCUGCGUUAUUUAGGUGUGCCUCUCUCACAGUAUAGAAAUAGCAACGCUCAUUGGUCGGGAGAAGUUGGCAAAAUUCAACGUAAGGUGAAUGCAUGGCGAGGGCAGAGUUUGUCAAUGUUCUUUCGUGCUGAAGUGUGUAACGUUUUCUUAGCUUCCCGUCUUAUGUAUGUGCUGCAAGUACUGCACUGCUCACGACUUCGCCUUCAGGCACUGCAUCGCGUAUUUGCAACAUUUAUUUGGAAUUCGAGUUGGGAAUCGUUGCGGCGCGACAAUCUGUUCCUACCCCUUGAACGUGGUGGUCUAGGAUUAGUCCACCUCUUCGUAAGGCAAAUUAUUUCACGCCUGUUUUUCUUUCGAGACAAUGACCAUCCGUUAUUGCGUGAAAUGUUGCAAUUCCGUUUAGUUUAUUACGUUCCUAAUAUAGUAGUGUCAUCAAAUGCCAAAGAUGUCCCACAGGCUCACUGGGGCUUUCUCAAGGAGGUUGUUGACACAUUUCUUUUCUUGAAAGUUAGAUUCAGCUUGGAGUACGUGUUCACUGCGAGUCGAAAAGCAAUUUCUGCGGCACUGAUGGACUCUAUUUUCGCAGAUCCUUUGUAUCGUGCACCUUAUUUAAGCCGAUCUUAUCAGGAUAUACUUAAGCGCGUGCGAAAAAUGUGUGUACCUCCUGGAGUAAAAACAUUUUUCUUUAAAUUACAUUCUGAAACACUCCCUGCUAAAACUUGGUUGAAUUCGAGGGGUUUCUUUGUGCCGUGGUCAACAAACUGUCGGCUCUGUCCACAUGGCGAAACCAUAGAUCACUGCUUCAUAGACUGUAGGGACGCUGUAUUUUUUGGGGACAUUCUCCAACGGACGCUUAAAAAGGACAUUGACAUGACUCCAUAUGCAAUUAGGUUUCUACCGUUUAUGGUUACGGGUGGUCCUCCCUAUGACAUGUUCAUAGUACUUGGUUUAUAUAGCCUAUGUAGAAGUAGGCUGUGUGAUCGCCAUGCCGAAAGCCCGCGAUCUACAAAGUCCUUCUUUCGCGAAAGUGCUGCUUAUGUAAGAAGUGUAUACGCUGCGCAGGAACCUCCGCCAGACUGGAUGCACUUGUUCGAUGCAUGUGUGUGUUUGCCUGAGUUUUAG